CAUAGUUUCUCUAGUCAUACACAUACACACACACACACACGCAGUUUCUCUUCCCUUCCAACAGUCACUUGUCAUUUCUGUUUUCUGCUCUGGUUGCCAUGGCUAAGACUGUACCAGUCUCUCUGACACACAGUAACCCCUCUCCCCCCGGGGUGAGUCAGCCAGCAUUACCACGGUAACGCUACUGUCACUAGCCCCUCAGUAAGUUAUGAGCUAUUUAAUCACAAGGAAAAUUAUUACCAGUUGCAAAUUGAACCAAAUUCUAAUCCAAAUUAUUACAUUUUUGUCCACCAAUGAACUGAAAUGAACAUUAACGAAUUACAAAGAUUUUUUAAAAACAGAUUUUUUUGUUAAUAACCGUUGGCAUUUCAACAAUAAUGCACAGGCUUACAUAUUUGUAACGAAUACUGGCUUUACAGUAGUGCUCAGUAAUUGGGGAGGAUGCACUGCGGAUCGCUUGCGCUAUUGAGCACCAAUCAGGAACAGGAACGGUUUGCUUCUAUUUUUAUGAAAUUUCGUCAUUAAAAGUAUGUCGACGUUAGGCAAAAAUCCAUGUGGACUCGUCCUGGAAGAUGAUGAAUAAAUUCGAUAGUUUAUUUUAUGAGAUACUCGACCGUGUCACGAUCCUCGUGCUAUCUUUCAGUACGUGCUGUCGAACACUUCCAGGUGUUAGUGCCCAGUCCACCGAAGGACGUUAAAGAAUCUCUGGUUAAUGUGUAACACAGAACGUUCUAAUGUAUACGUUGUAAACGCUGGUUGAAUGCGCAGACUUGAUUCAGAAUAUUAAAUACAUAAAAAGAUGUUCCAUAAAGGCUAUAGAUACAGCUUAGCUGUACACUUAAAAAUGAUUUAAUCUACGGUAUCUCGUUACCUCUACAUAAUGCAAUUCGUGCCUUAGAAAUAAAUAACAGGUUCUAGAAAUAGUAUCAGUGUUGCUCAAACAACAUCCUUAAUGUGAUUUACUGAAUUUAUUAUUUUGAUAACGACAGUAUUAACAUUCAAGUAUCGUCUUGCCGUAACUUGCUCAGCUCGUUGAAUUCAAUAUAUUAUUCGGCAACAGGUUAGACAAUGUUUAGUAACAAAUAUAGAAAAUAAUCUCCAAUAUAUAUCAGAAAAAUAUAUGAAUGCCGUUGAUGAAUAUAGUGUAGAAUACAAUUCCCUCCUGGGGAACUGAUGCCGUUAAACAGAAAAUUCAUCCACAGCUCACUAUUUAGCCAAGUGCAGUUCGCUUGAUUUCCUGACGUCACUGUAGAACACUCAAAGCGGUGCAACUGUUGUCAACAAAUUCUAUUGGCCGAUGCAUGCGUGACGCAACAGUAGGUAUUCCACGCAUUUUCUUAUAAAUCUCUACCGGCAAGAUACCAAGGGUAUGAGGCCUGAACCAGGUCCAAGAUGGAAGCGACUUCUCCUUUGCUUUCCUUAAACGGGAGAAAUGGCCCCAAAGAGCUCGGAGAAUACAGGAAGCUGGCAAUCGAAAAUGCCACCCGGCAGCAGUUCUACCAGAGCGACCGGGUGAAGCAGUUCCACAGGGAGCUCCUGCUGAUGGAGACCCUGAACGACCGGAGGCUGCAGAUGGAGCGGAACCGGAGGAUCGACGACAACACCAACGAGGAGACGCGCAGGUUCAUGGCGGAGAUCAGGCGGGGGGAGAUGGAGGCGCUGGAGCAGGACCGGCAGCGGGCCCGGCAGCGCGAGGCGAACAAGCGGGCGUACGCGGAGGACCUGCGGCGGCAGAUGCGGGAGAUGGCGAAGGGCCGGCAGCAGUCGUCGCUGGCCAAGCAGCGGGAGAGGCGGGAGCGCGAGGCGCUGCGCGAGCAGCACGAGCAGGAGCAGCGCCAGCUGCGGCAGCGGCAGCGGGCGGAGCAGCUGCGCGUGCGCGGCACCUACGCGGCGCAGGUGGCGACGAGCCGCGGCGAGCGUGACAAGCAGAACCGGCGGGAGGCGCUGGCCGAGGAAUGGCGGCAGCGGUGCGUGCGCGAGAAGGACGAGUGGGACCGGGCCAACGAGGAGAAGAUGGCCGCCAGGCUGCGGCGGCGGCAGCGGCGGAGCCAGGCGGCGUCGGACAUGCUGGCGGCGCAGGAGGGCGACCGCGCCCGCCAGUACGAGGAGGCCGAGGCCCGCGCCACCGCCAAGGCGCUGGCCAGCCGGGAGGCGCGGGCCAGCCAGGAGCGCGGCCGCAAGCAGCGCACGGGCCUGGACAUGGCGGCCGCCAUCGGCGCCCAGCGGGAGUACAAGCGGCGGGAGCGGCAGCUGCGGGAGGACGAGGAGAAGCGGAGCGGCCUGGACGAGCUGGGCUUCCACCGGGCGGCGGACCGGGCCCACUGGGCGGGGGAGCGGCGGGCGGCGCGGGCGCAGCGAGACGCCCGCGCGGACAUGGACGCCGCGCUCCGCCAGCAGAUGGCGCAGAAGCGCCAGCAGGAGGCGCUGCGGCGGCGGGCGGAGAUGGACCUGGACGCGCGCAACCAGGAGCUGCUGGCGCACGAGGACGCGCAGUUCCGCCGCUACGCCGACGGCAUCAUCCGCGUGGCGGAGGCCAGCAAGCGCAACACCGCGCCCGUCCGCAGGGCCGCCAACGCGGGCGCCGGGCAAGGCGUGGGGCCCAUCUACGGCGGCCUGCGGGCCAAGUACCUGGUGCCCGGCUCCAGCUACAUACCGGACUACGUCAACAGCACGGCGAAGGACAUCAGCAGGCUGUACGGCGCCGCCACGGACGAGUCGAGCCACGGGAAACUCGACUUCAUAUGGUGAAGACUGGAGACACAUUUUUGGACCAGGGCUAAAGGGGCUAUGUAGUUGCAGGAAGCUGAUUGGCUCUCUUGAGCUCAACGGAAAGGAGAUUUGCGUCUGGAAUUUUAAGGCAGGGAAAUGGCUCUCUAGAGCUUAACGUAUGCAGGCUGAAGUGCUGAUAAAUGCUCUUUUCCAUAUGAUUGAAAAAUAAAGAAAUGAUAUAUAUAAAUAAUAGGGGCCAGGAGUGGCCAGCAUUCCUCCUCCAGUACUUUGGAAAAAGUUCCAAAACUUUUCUUUUUUGACAUUUUUGACAUUUCUGCAAAAUUAUUAGUUUUCAUGACGGAAAACACGUGCAAACUGUUAUACUGAGACGAUGAUGACAAUACCAUUCUACAGAAAGAGAGGUUCUCUGGAGGGCCAUAGGGUCUGGUUUUCAUUGUGAUGCAGCUCGGGAGUAUAUUAUAUCAGUGAAAGCAGGUUAUCAGUCGCUGAUUUGUGAGGUGGAAACAAAAAACCAGCAAACACCGCAGAUCUCCAGGAGUAGGGUUGAGAACCCCCUGGGUUAAGGUCUGAAAUUCGGGUCAAAAUGUCUCCCAGGUCACGUGGUCGGGAGAAACUUAUAGCCCUAAAAAGGUGACCAAGAACACAAUACUGACCAGGUUAGGACAUCUGGGUACAUGUCCAAAGUGUAUAACAUUAACAACCAAAGCCUGCAAUAGCAUUGCUCAGAGAGAAGGCCCAGACACUUCCUGAUCAUGGUGUUGGUGGCUCAUGCCAAUGUUGCUGCCAGGGAUUCUGGGCCCCUUUAAAAUAUAUUGGUGAUAUUUACAAUGUUCUGGCUUUUUUCCAUUUUGGGG